AUGGAUCGCUCAACCUUUAGCUCUACAGAUAUCGUCCAAGAGGUCUGGGCUCAUCUCGGCCUGCCAAAACAUGCCAUUUCUGCACUCAAAAUCGACACCACGGGUGGUCCGGUCUGCCCCUCCUCAUUCAAGAUCGGCCACCUUGCACAGAGUUCGAUCGCUUUAUCAGCCUUGACAGCUGCCCUCGUCCACUCUCUCCGCAACAGCAAUCAUGUACCACGGGUCUCCGUACCCCACCAUCAUGCCUUGGCUGAGUUCAAAUCCGAAAGACUUUACGAGAUCGAAGGCGAGCCCCCUCAGUCUACAUGGGGCAACGUGGGAGGUCUUCACAAGACUCUCGACGGCCACGUCCGUAUUCAUGAUUCCUUCCCGCACCAUCGCCUCGGAACUUUACGACUGCUUCAACUACCUCUGGAGGCCAGCCGUGAUGACGUUGCCUCCAAAACGAAACUUUGGCGCAGCAUCGACUUGGAGACAACCGGCAUCAAACGCGGCCUGGCAAUUUACGCCCUCCGCACUUACGACGAGUGGGAUGCCCACCCUCAGUCUGCCGCCAUCGCAAACCAGCCCAUCCUGCUCGGAAAGCUCGGAAACGGGCCCAAAGGCCUCCCUGACCAUCUCUCCGGAGGUACGGAUCGAUGCCUCAGAGGCCUCCGAGUCGUCGAGUUGAGCCGCGUGAUAGCCGCCCCCGUGGCGGGCAAGACCCUCGCGGCGCACGGAGCAGACGUUCUCUGGGUCACAUCCCCCCAUCUCCCGGGUCUGCCCCCGCUCGACCGAGAGUUCGGCCGCGGCAAACGCACGAUCCAGCUCGACAUCGGGGAUCCUUCGGACAAGGCCAGACUUCUCGAGCUUCUCCGCACCGCAGACGUCUUCAUACAAGGGUAUCGGCCGGGCAGUCUCGCGGCCCACGGUCUGUCCCCGGCGGAGCUGGCUGCGGCCAAUCCGGGACUCGUCGUGGCAAACCUAUCGGCGUUUGGUCCCGACGGGCCUUGGUCCGACCGCCGGGGAUUCGAUUCCCUAGUCCAGACGUGUAGCGGCAUGAACGUGUCGGAGGCGGAGCACUUUGGGGCCGGAGAGCCUGCAAGACCCAUGCCUUGCCAAGCUCUGGACCACGGCGCUGGGUACUUCCUAGCUUCUGGAAUAUCUGCGGCGCUCUACAAGCGCGCAACAGAAGGUGGCUCUUGGGUUGUGGACGUUUCGCUGGGGGGUGUGAUGAAAUACCUGAGAAGUCUCGGCCAGUAUGCAGGCAAGACAGGGUUUGAAGCUCCCGACAUCACAAAUGACCUACCGGAGAACCUUUUCGAAAGGAGGGAGACGGACUUUGGGCUGAUGAAGUACCUCAAGCAUUCUGCCACGGUCGAGGGUCAUGAGCCUGGUUGGGAUGUCAUGCCAAAGAUAUUGGGAACGGACGAGCCUCGAUGGCUCAGCUGA